AUGUCUACCUCCCCACUAUUACAAAGAACUCCCGGCAAGAAGAUUGCCUUGCCAACCAGAGUCGAGCCCAAAGUGUUUUUUGCUAACGAACGUACGUUCUUGUCAUGGUUAAACUUCACAGUGAUGUUAGGAGGUCUUGGGGUAGGGCUUCUGAAUUUCGGUGACAAAAUCGGUCGUAUAAGCGCUGCCCUAUUCACAGUUAUUGCCAUGGGAACCAUGGUGUAUGCCUUGGUUACAUACCAUUGGAGAGCGGCUGCUAUUCGUAGAAGAGGUUCGGGACCAUACGAUGACAGACUAGGUCCUACUCUGUUGUGUUUCUUCUUACUGGUGGCUGUUGUAGUCAAUUUCAUCCUAAGAUUCAAGUACGGCGAGACUACUGUGGGUGUUUAG